AUGGGGGAUAGGGGUGGAUCAAUAUUAACACACAUGAUCCUCAUGGGCGGUUCUUCACGCCCCUUUUCCACUGCAUCCAUCAAACUUGUGGCGGAUGAGCUAACUUCCACAUCCUCCCCGAGCGUCGAAGCUGUCCUCCAAAAGCUUCUUCACAUUGAUGGCCAAAUUGAUGCGGACUUCAAGUCCUUAAAGAAAGAUCUCUCCCAGGCUCUUCAUGAGAUUUCUCACGCUCGUUCAGAGUUGAUGCGGGAGUCUAAUCGUCGUGCAGAGAUUCAGCAUCGUGCUGAUGCAAAAGACGAGACUAUUGCAUCUUUGCGCAAGGAGCUGAAGAUGGCCAAAGAGGCACAUCAAAACUCUAUGGCGAAGGAAGCACUCACUGCCAGAAAGAGUGACGCAGCAUCUAAUAGGUCGCGCCCCGGCAAGAGUUCUUUUGGUCUUUGCAAAUGCGCCGGAGGAAAGGAAAAUAUUGACGGCCUUCCCGGCAUUGAACAUGAACCCAGUUGCGAGUUGAAAAAAGCCGUACUCGCAGAGAUGGAUCCCAAAAGCCUGUGCGACAUUCUUACGGCGAGAGAAGGGGCUUAUCGUGCACAAUCUGUGCUUGUGGAGCGACUAAAGAGGGACAACAAGGAGCUUAUGGAUACAUAUGAGAAGCUUUUGGCAAGAUAUCAAGCCAAAGAGCAAGCCCGGUCAGCGAGAGGAACAAAGCAGAGGAUGUCCAUGGAUGAACACAUUAAACACAUUAGCUUUCGCGUACAGCAAGCUGGAGAGGCCGCAUGUGUGGUCGCUAGCCAUAUCGAGAGGAGGCUUUCUGUCUCUGCGCGUGACGCAAAAAGUGUACAGAGUAUCUCUGGACAUUCUGGCAAAGGAGUGGACGUCAGGUGUACUGGCGCCGGUAACCACCAGAGCGAUAGACGUUUCGCUGACAUCUCCGCAACGACUACGUCAUCUCAGGACAAACGCAAACAGGCUGAAAGUUUCACUGUCGUUGAUGAGUACGAGAACGAUUCCCUGUCCACCGAGUUGGACUGUGUGCGAAGAGAGAAUGAUCGAUUCGAUGCGGCCGGAAAGGAGCUCCUGCGUACCCUUGCAAUUCAACAGCAGGCACACGAUUGUCUCCGAGGUACUGUCCUGGAACUCACAAAAGAACUCGAACGAAUUGAGCCGCAGAAGAUUGAAGAGAUGCGGAAGUGUCGCCACGAGGUUGAGGUGGCACAGAAGAGGGUCGCAGUCUUUGGUGGUGAGCUCAAGAAGGCGAAAAAGGAGCUCAAAGACAAAUCCAAGGAGAUAGCUUCACUGAAGAAGCAAUUGAAGAAAGUUCUUGCAGAGUAUGAAGCCGUCUCUAUUGCUCACUCGUAUUCAAAUGCCGAGCUCUCUAAGAUUCGGGCAAAGACAAGACAUGACCGCCAAACGAACGAUCGCCCGCCACUUCGAGGACAUGCCGUUAACCACGGCGUGGAGAACUUGCUUCACCACAGGCGAAACCACUUUCGUUUAGAGGGUCUGCUUUGUCACAUACAAUAG